AUGGAAGCUAUAACACCACCACACCCAGCCGCGUCGGCGCCAGCACUGAUCUCGAGCCACGGAGCUCCUCCAUCUGGUGCCCCGCGAGAUGCCGUGGAGACGCGCGACCAAGAUCUAGAUCAAGCACAGAAACGAGAUCAAGAUCCAGAUCAGGCCCCAGAUUCAAGCAACGUAGAAGUGGGCAUGGCCGACGAAGAUCCCUCGGCGCCCAGCCUUCUUUCGCCCGGCAUCAAGGUAGAGUUUCAUGGCAGCGCACCGACUCUACCACCCUCGCAGCCAACUGAUGAUGGCAGAGGCGAGGGCGAUGGCCACGCCCGGCCCUCGAUGGCCCCUCAUCCUCGAUCUGCACCUGCUGUCCAACAGUACCAGAGCCCAAUGAGACAUCAUAAGAGAACCCCUAGUCAGCAUCGUGUCAUUAAGGAAACCCUCAACGCCAGGUCCGAAUACACAAGCGACGACUCGGAUGGCCGGUCGCACCAUGUCAUCAACCAGUACACUAUCAAGGAGGAAAUAGGCCGCGGUUCUUACGGCGCAGUCCAUCUCGGCGUGGACCAGUUUGGAAAUGAAUACGCCAUCAAGGAAUUUUCAAAGACCCGUCUGCGCAAACGCGCCCAGUCCAACAUCCUCCGUCGCGGUCCCAGGCGAGGGCCAGGCCGCUUCCCACCGCGACCUCGGACAGCAGCAGAUUCGGGUUCUGGGCCGGGAAUGGAUCCGACUGUGUCAUACCAGCUGCGCGACCACAAGAAGAACGAGGACAAUGACUCUCUAUUCCUUAUCAGGGAGGAGAUCGCCAUUAUGAAAAAGCUCAACCACCCCAACCUUGUUUCGCUGAUCGAGGUGCUCGACGACCCGGAUGAGGACUCGCUCUACAUGGUCCUGGAGAUGUGCAAAAAGGGCGUCGUCAUGAAGGUCGGACUCGACGAGGCCGCUGAGCCGUACAGCGAGGAGACAUGUCGAUACUGGUUCCGCGACUUGAUCCUGGGUAUCGAGUACCUACAUGCGCAGGGUGUCGUACAUCGAGAUAUCAAGCCGGACAAUCUGCUACUCACUGAGGACGAUGUUCUGAAGAUUGUCGACUUUGGCGUCAGUGAGAUGUUUGAGAAGCCCGAGCAGAUGCGCACGGCCAAGUCUGCCGGGUCGCCUGCCUUCCUACCCCCUGAGUUGUGUGUCGCAAAGCACGGGGAUGUGAGUGGGACGGCGGCGGAUGUGUGGAGCAUGGGCGUGUCGCUGUUCUGUCUGAGAUACGGCCAUAUACCAUUCAAUCGUUCAGGAGUUUUAGAGAUAUACGAGGCUAUCAAGACGGAAACGCCAGCAAUGCCGGAAGAUGAGAACGAACACUUCAAAAACUUGAUAUCAAGAUUGAUGGAGAAGGAUCCGGAGCAGAGGAUCACCAUGCCCGAAAUCAGGGAACACCCGUGGGUCACGAAGGACGGCACCGAUCCGCUCCUGAGUUCGGAGGAAAACUGCUCCGAGCUCGUCGAGGCCCCAAACGAGCUUGAGGUUAGUCAUGCAUUCACGCGGCGGAUGGGUCAUCUGCUUUGCGUGAUGAAGGCCAUCUCAAACUUCAAAUCCCUCCUCUCCUCCCGCUCGCGCACCAACAGCCCGAGGACGAGCCUCUUUCCCGAGGACGCCGAUCCGAACAACAGCGGUCACGUCCCGCGCUGGACCCGCCACAGGCCAAAGCCCUCCAUGGACGACCAAGAGUACGAGGCUCUCAAGCGGGCCAAUGAAGAGCAUGCCGCGCGGCUUUUAGAGCAGCGCAAGCAAUUUCUGCUGAGCAGGACCGGAAACACUGCGCCAGUCCAUACCGACGAUGCCCCCAGCGCAGAUCAGGCCCCGACAGAAGAAGAGUCUGGCAGGAGCCACGGCGAGCGACACCCCGAGGCCAUGGCGAGCGCGCCAGCCCUGCUGGGCAUCGGCACGGGCGGGCGGGACAACUUCGCGGGCGGCAGCGAGGACGAGCCGGCCUCGGUUGCGGACUCGCCGACGGCGGUGGACUUCAACGUUUACGACAGGGCGUACGAGGAGGAGAUCGAGCGGAUCAAGAAAGCGGGCAGCCAGCCGAGCGUGUACAUGACGUGGCAUCUGAACUCCAAGGAUCAGUUCCACAAAGACGGGGCGCUGGACGUGAAGGAGGAGCACGGGGACAGCGAGGCCGGGGGAGGAGCGACGGCCGGCGAGCGUGGCAGGGAAAAGGCCAAAGGGGUCUUCAAGGCCAACAAGUUCGCCGACCUCGUGUCACAGACCAUACGGGACACGCGCGCUAGGAGUCAGGACGGUGGGGGUAAUAAGCCUGCUGGUGAUGGGGGCGAUGAGGAGAGUUGA